GACGACGCAGUCACGCAGCAGGCCAGCAGGCGGCAGCGACGAGCGCCACACAGCCACGAGAGCCGCGAAGCUGCGGGAGCCUCUCACUCUCAGCUAAGAACAAUGCGAUGAUGUCCGCCGCCGCACCGUCCUCCCCUUUCGGCUCGAGGGCACUGCCGCCGCCGUCUCGGCGGCGCGGCCCGACUCUCCGGCGGGCGCGCGUCUCGGCGCUCGGUGGGGGCGGCGAGGGAGAGGCGGGGAGGAUACUGGACCCGCGCGCCACGCCCUUCCAGAUCCUUGGCCUGGACGCUACCGCCUGCUACUCUGCCGCCCAGCUCAAGGCCGCCUUCCGCGCCCGGGUGAAGGAAUUCCAUCCUGAUGUUUGCAAGGACCCAGAAAACGCAGAUUUAAUAAUCAGACGAGUGAUUGAGGCCUAUCAGAUGUUAUCUGGCAACCAAGAAAUGAUGGUUGAAAGGAACAAUGUUGACCCAUUUGAUGAACCUGAGUGUGAAGCCCGUGACUUAUUUGUCAAUGAACUUCUAUGCAUUGGCACCGGAUGCCCAUAUUCUUGUGUUAAAAGGGCACCUCAUGUAUUUUCAUUUUCAGAUGAUACUGUUACUGCUCGUGCAAUAUCUCAAGGUAAUGGUGAAGAUGACCUUGUUCAGCUUGCUGUUGGGCAGUGUCCAAGAAAGUGCAUAUACUAUGUUACGCCAUGCCAACGCAUAAUUUUAGAGGAUGUUCUUGCUAGUGUGUUGAUGGCACCUUACGAUCUUGCUGAAGCAGCAGUUCUGGAUUCCCUCCUUACGAAAGCAAAGUUUGAGAAUAACAGGUACACGAAGCCCAAACGAGGAGCAAAAUCAUCAUCUGAUUAUGUUGAUUGGAUGUGAUCUGACCCUGAAGCACCAAGGGGUGCCAGUCUCAGCCUGGUAGUUCAGUAGAUUUUUGCUGUCUUUCUCUGUGGUCCUUGGGAGACUUGUCCCCACUUGCCAGUGGAAUAGCAUGAUACACAGAUGCAUUGUAGUGUACAGAAAUACUCCUGUUUGCAGGCCAUAUUCUGUGUGGCUCCGUCUGCUAGAUAAUUGUCUGUAUGUCACUCCUGAAUUUGUAGGUGUACAAAAUGGAACAGGUUAUCUUUGUCUAUUCACUGCUGAACAUCUAGUUUUUUCA